AUCAGUACGCAGGUGCGUGUAUGUGCGUGUGCGCGCUGAGCUCCAGCGCUGAACCUGAACUUUACGCACGGAGCCGCUCCACCUUCCUCUGGCACCUGAUCCCGGACGGCCGCGGUGGUUCUGCUCCUUGUCCCGGUUCCGGUGGAUGCUCGGUGGAUUCCUCGCGGAGCCAUGCGCUCGCACUGCGGGUUCAUCUUGGGUCGAGUCCUCGCAGGGAACCGACCCGACUUGGAUUGCCUCCAUUCCCGUUUCCGCAUUCCCGCAGCCGCCGUGCGCACCGCCGCCGCCGCGGAGCCGCGACCCACGAUCUCGACCGAACAAACCGGUUCGUCCGGAUCCUCCGAGCCGCGGGCGCCGCGUCAUGUUUGCGGCUAGAGAGCGAGCGGCACCUGGAGGAGCGAGCGGCCGGAGCCUGCAGCCGCGGAGAGGCCGCGGAGAGUGGACCGACCGAGGCUGAACCGGGCUGAACCGGGCUGAACCGACCUGUCCCGGGAUGGAGGGCUGCUGCCGCUCGUGUAUGCCGUGUCUCGGCCGGCUGUGGAACUGGAUCUGGCCCGACUUCCGCUACCCCAACGUCCCCAACCACAACCAUGUGAUCGCCAACCCGGCGGCGCAGGCGGCGGAGAUCCGCACCGUGUCCGGGGACAUCCGCGUCCCGUCCCCCAAGAAGCGGCCGGUGCAGCUGUACGCGGCGCUGUUCGACUUCGUGGCCCGAAGCGACGACGAGCUGACGGUGAAGGAGGGAGACAAGCUGUCGGUCAUCGAGAAGCGGGGCGACUACGUGCUGGCGAAGAAACUCACCGGGUCCCUGGAGUCCGGACUGAUCCCGGCCAACUACCUGGCGCUGCUGCAGGACGAGUUCGCCAAGCACAAGUGGUACUAUGGGAACAUAAACCGAGUGAAAGCUGAGAAGCUGCUUCUGGCUUCCCAAAACAAAGAUGGCUCCUUCCUGGUUCGCAUCAGUGAGAGUCACAGUGACGAGUACACGAUCUCCGCCCGCAGUGAGGGGAAGGUUUACCACUUCAGGAUCCAGCGCUCCACCAUCGGUGCGUACUUCGUCUCAGAUAAGAUCUCCUUCGCCACGCUGGGAGAGCUCAUCUCCUACUACCAGAAGAACCCCCGCAGCCUGGGGGUGCUGCUGGAGGAGCCCUGCGCCCAACAGCGGGAGCUCUUCGACAUGGAGCCGUGGGAACGACCUCGAGAGGAGUUCAAGCUCCACAAGAAGCUGGGAGAGGGACACUUCGGGGAGGUGUGGGAGGCUCAGUGGACCACGGAGAACAAGAAGGUGGCCAUCAAGAUGCUCAAACAAGAGGACACGAAGCAGGACGAGUUCGUGAAGGAGGUUCAGGCGCUGAAGAGCCUCCAUCACCCCAAGCUGAUCCAGCUGCUGGCCAUGUGCUCCAGAGGAGAGCCGGUCUACAUCGUGACCGAGCUCAUGAGCAAAGGGAGCCUCAAGUCCUACCUCGCCUCUGCUGAAGGUCAGGUGCUGACGUCCGCUCACCUCAUCUACAUGGGCAGUCAGAUCGCAGAGGGCAUGGCCUACCUGGAGGACAGGAACAUCGUCCACAGGGACCUGGCGGCCAGGAACGUCCUGGUGGGGGACGACCUGGUCUGCAAGGUGGCCGACUUCGGACUGGCUCGGAUUAUUAAGGACAGUGUUUAUACAGCGAGCAGGAACACAAAGAUCCCCGUGCGCUGGACGGCGCCGGAGGCGGCGAUUUACCAGCGGUUCUCUGUCAAAUCAGACGUUUGGUCGUUUGGCGUUUUGCUGUACGAGAUGAUGUCACGUGGCAAAAUGCCUUAUGAAGGAAAAAACAACAAGGAGGUGUUGGAUCUGCUGUCCUCUGGAUUCCGGCUGCCCUGUCCAACCCGCUGUCCUCAGAAUAUUUACCGUAUCAUGAUGGACUGCUGGGCCGCUGAGCCGUCCCAGAGACCCUCCUUCCACGCCCUGCACAGCCAGCUGGACUCAAUCUAUGCCCGGAUAUAUUUCAAGACUAUAGAGGUAUAGAGAGAGGGACACAGAGGGACACAGAGGGACAAAGGGACGAUGAGAGGAUGUAAACUGGUGCAACAGCAAAUCCUCUGCAAACUGGUCCUCGACAGACGGAUGGACUAGGAACAUGAAGGAUGUUUUUAAUGCCACACACGUCCACAACAGGGUAAAUGUAUUUGAGCGUCAGAGCACCAGAGACUGAGGUGAGACGUGACGAGAGGCUGCUCGGCUCAUCUCACCAGACACAGGGUGAAGGAGGAAUUCUUCAUGUUUAACAGUCAGGAGACUGAGUUCACUCCUUCACACCCGCAGCACAGUCACAGCAGCAGCUGCUUUGAAUUUUUUACCCUUCGGUGUUUUCUAAAUGAUAUUUUAUUACUUGUGUACGUGCCAUGUCUGUGUAUGCACACAUGAAAUGUUGUGAAGUCACAGGUCAGGACUUUAACUAAUCACCUGUCUUCUGAUUGAAAAGCCAGUUCUAAAAUUGAGGUUAUGUGCAAUAAUGAGCCGCCUGCUGGGUUUGAAGCCAUGCUGGGGCCUGGUGCUGGGACGUCCCAGAGGAAGAAUACCAACCUUCACCAGAACCGGACGAUGAAUCCAGGCGUUGGUGAUCUUUGAGUUUUCUCAGACCCUCAGGUCUGGAGGUUAAAAGGAUUCAGUCUCUUAUCCGUCAGGAGGGAUGAGGACAGGGACUCUACACACAUUCAGACACAUCAGUCCUCCGAACAUGUGUCUUCAUGGAGAUCGAUCAAUGAUUCUCUGAGAAAUCAGUGAAAACGCUUCGAGGAAUUUUGUAGAAGGAUCAUCUGACUCUAAAGCGGAAACAUUUCAAUGUGUUUUUAGAAAAUUCUUCAAAUCUCUUUAAAGAAUUGUUUUGAUGCUUAACAAAGUCUCAGGUUCACAGAAGAAGAAGUCGAAUGUGUGUAGUAGAUCAUUGUAGAACCAGAAUGUUUGAGUGUGCAAACCUCCACCAAGGCCCAGCAGAUCCAUGAGUUAUUCUCUGAGACGUGAACACAAAUGAAAACAUUGUAAAGAAGAACUUCCUGGAUCUGCCUCCUGAUCCUGAUCUGACACAUCCAACAUCCUUCCACCCAGUUUGGUGUAAACCCGUCCGGUAGCUUUUCUGUGAUCCUGCUGACAAACCAACAAACACAGAUGAAUGAAUCUCCUCCUUGGUGAAGGUAAUCACUUAUUAAAUGCACAUGUAACAUG